CACACCAUUCUGUCACUUCAAAAUUUUUGAAAUAAACAUCAAAAUUCAUUCCCAAACAAAAAAAAAUCCAAAAAAUAAUAACACCUUCAAGAAAUGUAUAUCUCUCGCAAAAUUCAUCGCUUCAUUCUAAGGAAUUACCCACGAAUUGCAUUUGGAUGCAUUUGUUCCCUACUCUUCUUUGGAUAUCUACAUUUCGAAUUGUUGAACAGCAAUCGGGACUUAAUUUAUUGGACAAAUAUCAUCAAAACAAACAUCGCACGAUUGGAUGAAUAUGGUAUUCUCCUGAUUGUUUUGAUCAUUGGCUUCAAAAUGUUCACAAUUUCGUUUGUCGUUUGGCUCAACUCGCCAACAAUGAAUUUGUAUAACCGUCUCUCUCAAUUGGAAGUCAAGAAACGUUAUGCCGACUUUCUUCUUCUACGUCUGUUGUCAGAAAUCGAGGGAAUCGAAAUGGAAUAUUUGAGAUCGAAAAGCACCAACGAGUUGUUGGAUCUAAAAUCGCUAAUAAUGGCCCAUGACGAAAUGACCCGAAGUGUACAGAAAUUUCGCCGAGAUGCUCGGAAAUUAUUGUGGCCCAAUGAAACUGAGAUUACCCUUUCCAUUGAGGAUGUUUAUGGUCUGAUGGCGGAUGAGGAGGAUUGUCUAAAGAAAUCCAAAUUUUAUCGUAUGGAUAUCCAUGCAAGUGAUGAUUUGAUAAGGAAGUUAAUAAAUCCAACAUAAGAAGAAAAAA